ACGUGAAACGCAUAACAUGUUUUGAGAAGGCGUUCUUUGUGGCAUUGUUCAUUCAAGUAAACCGAGAAAACAAAUAAAUGGACCGUGGGUCUAAGCGCAGGCAGGUGAAGCCUCUGGCUGCUUCUCUGCUGGACGCCUUAGAUUAUGACAGCUCAGAUGACAGCGAUUUCGAAGUUGGAGAUGCGGAUGCCUCAGGAUCAGAGGGCAGUGCCAUUGGGAGUGAUGAGGAGGAGGAAGAGGGAUCCAAGGCUCAGAGCGCUGCAGAGGGCUCUGACAACGACAGUGACUCGGACAACAUCGGCUCCGCGGAUGAGGGCAUAGAUGAAGAGGAGGCCAAGGAGCUGAAGGCCGACGACACCCGGACGGAGGACCAGGAGAAGACUAAGGAACAGCCAACCGCCUCCGACACCACAACCAACACCACGAAAAACCCUUCUCCGUCAGGGGGGUCCAGGAGCCGAAGGAGAAGGGAUGAAAAGGACACGGAAGCCGGCAGUGGAGGGAGUGGAGGGAGUGGAGGGAGUGGAGGCAGCACAGGCUGUGGUAAUCCGGAUGACGCCGGACUACCCAACGCUGCCGCGCAGGAGCCCAAGAAGUGGAACUUGCGUCGGAACCGCCCCCUGCUGGACUUCACCACCAUGGAGGAGCUCAACGAGAUGGACGACUACGACAGUGAAGACGACAACGACUGGAGGCCCGCGGCCGGCAAGAAGAAAGGCAAGAUGGCCACCGCCCAGAAAGGGGGGAGCGAGGGAGAAGACGAUGAGGGAGGAAGCUGCAGCGACGACGAUAACCAGGAGGAUGAAGACUGCGACGACGACGACGAAGAUGAUGAUAAUGGAGAGGGGAGCAGCAGUGACAGCGACAAAGAGGCGAAGAAACCCCGGAAGAAAGCGAAAAGCAGCAGUGCAUUUGAUGAGGAGCUCACCAACGACAGCAUGUCUCAAGGGAAGGGCAACGAGGAUGCCCUGCUGGAGCGUGCCCAGACGUGGAGUGCCUCGGCCCAGAGGAUGGAACACAUCCUGAUCUGCUGUGUGUGUCUGGGCGACAACAGUGAGGAUGCCGACGAGAUCAUCCAGUGUGACAACUGUGGCGUGACUGUCCACGAAGGUUGCUACGGAGUGGAUGGGGAGAGUGACUCGAUCAUGAGCUCCGCCUCUGAGAACUCCACUGAACCGUGGUUCUGCGACGCCUGCAAGAAUGGAGUCAUGCCCAGCUGUGAGCUCUGCCCCAAUCAGGACGGGAUCUUCAAAGAGACAGAUGCAGGGAGGUGGGUCCAUGUGGUCUGUGCCCUGUAUGUCCCGGGAGUGGCGUUUGGGGACAUUGAUAAACUACGUCCGGUGACUCUCACAGAGAUGAACUACUCCAAAUACGGAGCCAAGGAGUGCAGUUUCUGCGAGGACGCCCGGUUUGCCCGGACAGGCGUGUGUAUCAGCUGUGAUGCCGGCAUGUGCCGAUCCUACUUCCAUGUGACCUGUGCUCAGAGGGAGGGGCUUCUUUCUGAGGCGGCAGCCGAGGAGGACAUAGCCGAUCCUUUCUUUGCAUACUGUAAACAGCAUGCGGACCGCUACGACAGGAAGUGGAAGAGAAAGAACUACCUGGCCCUCCAGUCCUACUGCAAGGUGUCGCUACAGGACAAAGAGAAGCAGCUGGCCCCUGAAGCACAGAACCCCUGGCAGGCCCGUAUCACCACCCGUCUGCAACAGUACCGGGCCAAGGCGGAGCUGUCCCGUAACACUCGGCCCCAGGCCUGGGUCCCCCGGGAGAAGCUGCCCCGACCUCUGACCUCCAGCGCCUCCGCCAUCAGGAAACUCAUGAGGAAGGCCGAGCUAAUGGGCAUCAGCACGGACAUCUUCCCCGUAGACACAUCAGACAUUAGCGCCAGUGUGGACGGACGCAGGAAACACAAGCAGCCCGCCCUCACUGCCGACUUCGUCAACUAUUACCUGGAGAGGAACAUGAGGAUGAUUCAGAUCCAGGACAACAUCUCGGAACAGAAGAACCUGAAAGACAAGCUGGAGAGUGAGCAGGAGAAACUGCACGUCGACUACAACAAGCUGUGUGAGUCUCUGGAAGACCUGCAGAAUGCCAACAAGGUGUUGAGGAAUGAGGGCCAGGCCAUAUGGACCAUACUGGGAGGAAUCCUGGGACAAAAACUGAACUUCCCGUCGGUCCUAAAAGCCCCUAAAGAAAGAAAACCCAGCAAGAAGGAGGGGGGAUCUCCUGGCAAGUCCUCCAAUCUACCAGCUGUCCUCUACAGCUGUGGGAUCUGUAAGAAGAACCAGGACCAACAUCUCCUGCUGCUGUGUGACACCUGCAAGCUCUACUACCACCUGGGCUGUCUGGAACCUCCACUCACACGCAUGCCCAAGAAGACCAAGAACAGCUACUGGCAGUGUUCAGAGUGUGACCAGGCCAGUAGUGAUGAAGCAGACAUGGCGAUGCAGACUCUUCCCAACGGCACCAAGAGGUCUCGCAGGCAGAUAAAAGGACCAAUCAAGUUCAUUCCCCAGGAGAUGUCCCCAGAGCCCAGGAAACGAGAUGUGAGGGGCACGAGAACCCGAGGGCAGAAGAGGAAAAGGGUGUCAAUCUGUGAAGAUGAGAAGUUCGAUGUUCAGGAACCAGCUCCACGGGAACGGCGGCAGCGUCAGUCUGUGAUGCAGAAGAAAUUCCCUAAAGCAGAUGACACCAGAACCGACUGUACCUCCUGCAAAGGCCCUGGGGACAAUGACAACCUGGUCAGAUGUGAUGAGUGCUGUCUUUGCUACCACUUUGGCUGUCUGGACCCUCCCCUGAAGAAGUCCCCAAAGCAGACAGGAUACGGCUGGAUCUGCCAGGAGUGUGACACCUCCUCCUCCAAGGCAGAAGCACUGAGGGGGAUGGAGCGAGAUGGGGAUGACGAGAUGACGAGAUCUCCACCAGGGCCCCGCGAAUCAGUCACCAAGAGGCCGGGAGUAGUGGAGGAGGAGCAGGAGUUGGAUGAGGAAGAGGAUGGUUCUGUGAAAGAGGAAACAACGGAGCAUGAAAUCCCAACUGAAGAAAAAACUAUUGAUGUGACCUUAUCUUGAGAACAAUGAUCAGAUGUUAGUUGUCAGUGGUCACUCACAGUGCUAUCAGUUCCACUUCAAAGGUCUGUAGAUAACUGCAGUCUGUAGCAUCUCAGUUUUACAGACAUCACUGCUCAUCUCCGGCCUGGUUACCUGUGUGUGUGUGGCUAAAGCUCCAGUCUUAGGCACAUGACAUGAAGUGCAGAGAGUGGAAUAAAAGCUUAAGAGACUAAAUACCUAGGCUAGCUAAUCUCUAUUCCUGUCCCAGAUGUUUGGACUGACUUGCAAGUUAAGAAUACAAAAAAGCAAUACAGCACAAACGGACCUAGAACCAGGCUAGCUAUUUAUUUCCCCUCAGUCAAAUAUUGGACCGAACUCUCUCACAUUAGUUUUGUAGCCAGAGGAACAGUAUAUUUUAGAAAAGAGAAUGUAUUUGUUAAAGAAUGUACAGUGGUACCUUUUAGAGGGAAUUCAAGUCAUAGUAUGUAUUUUCAAAAGGGAAAAGGCUGAAGACCUUAUGCUCGCUAUAGUAAUUAACUUGAGCUGAUGUCAAUGAGAUGUCAUUUAUAUCAUAAAAAUAUAGUCUAGUAUCUAUUAUACAUUCUAGAUUAGUAUUUCUAUGGUAAAACAUCUUCAUGAAAUUGCACAUCUGUUUUUUCUGGUUGCGAGAUUUUUCAUUCUGAAGAGCCCCAUGUUAGAUUUGUACGUUAAUGUCACUGGUCAGUGGCAUUCUUUUUUGCAACAGAGAUUAAAUCAAAUGAAUUAAAACCCAGGGAAAGUGUCUGGUUGGACCAGAACAGUCAGACUGUUAAAAUCUAUGUACCUGCUUAAUGUAUUUGUGAACCUGGCCAGCUAAACAGUUUCCCUCAGAUCUAUUUUCAUACACUAAUCAGCACUAAGGUGACAAACAGUGUCCUCAUCAGCCUGGUGUCACAUCUCUUUGUGCUUUCACAGUGACCAAAGCAGUCCGGAACCAAGCUAUAUCUCUAAUGCCCUGUUUGCAGACACGAUAAUGUGUGUUACGUAUUUCAGUGUGGUCAAGUAUUUCGUAGAUAAAUAAUAUGAACACUAUUUUCUGUACAGCAAGGGGACACGGCUCUUGUCACACAUUUUUAAAAACUGAUUUUUCUACAAGGUCUUCUCACUCUUUUGGCGUUCAUCACCACUUCCAUGUUUACAAUCUUCUUUUUUUUCCAAUUUAUGUUCACAUUGUCAUGUGAUGUUGUACAUAUAAGUUGGGAGACGUGUUCUGUUAAAAGCACAACUCUACAUGUCAACUAUACAUUCAUGUGAGUUAAUGGGUGUGUUCCAUUGCACCUCCAUCACAAGUGAGCUAUUAUCUUUGGCAAACCAAACAACAACAUUAUUUUGUUUAUUCGGUCAUCUCAAACGUUUUCUUUUAACACAGGGUGUUCAGAAACUACAGUCCAAGUCAACAUAUUAUCUUCCAUUUCACUGUUGACAUCCAAUGUGUUAUUUUAUGUUAGAUAUGACAUUACAGCGAAAGCCUUCUAUUACCAUUGUUUUGGGGGUAUGUGCAUUUACUAAAAGUAUAUAAUUUAGAUACUUUGUAAAUGUUAAAGUGCCAAUAAACAU